CAACUCAUUUUAGAGAACCAUAUUUUUAUCUGUGGAUAGUAAUUUCGUCAAUAUUACCAGUGUUCAAGUUUAAUUGCAAAGAGAUUUGUGUAGACAAAAUUAGAACUGUCAACGUCUACCACAUUCAGCGGUAAAGCGUCUUUAAGCUUUAAUCCCUGGAAGCUGCUAGACGCAAGCAUUAUUUACUUGGAAAAAUUCACAUUUUGACUGAGUUUGGUUUGUUUGUUUAGAGAAAAAUAAUUUUCUUUGCCAUGAGUAAAAUCAUGAUUUUAUAAGUGUUACCUUGGAUUGUGCUAGAUGUCAGGGGAAAAGAUAUUUUAUAAAAAAAUGUAUGAGAGUCCAUGUACCCUAGAAGAUAUAUGCUUAGAAACCGUAUGUGACAAUAUUUUGAGCUAUAUUGAACCUUUGGGAACCAGAGAUGGAUGGUGGGAAAGCCACAGAAGCUCGGAUAGUGACAGUUUUGAUGAAGAAAUAAAAAAAUUUAGAUUUAAAGAUCCUGAAAUAUUUCUCAUUGAAGAAAUAUCAGAGAAACUACUGAAAAAGUUCGUCGAGAAGCGAAUUUUGUGUGAUUCCAUUCUCAAUAUUUUUAGAAUAAGAAAUAGUACAUUAUCAAAAAUUGGCUUACAUAUUUUGAAUCAGCACAAACUUGUCACUUUGGAAUGUGUGGCUAUAAAAAAAAUUAGUAUUGGUGAUAUAUUAGAUUGUUUGAAUCCCUGGUCACUUUCACAAAUUAGGAAUGUAAACUUCACAAAAUGUACUUUCAUUGACGAGUUACGCUUUACCUAUAUGAUCAAAAUAACGAAUCUGAAGAAUUUGAGAAAUCUUAAUCUUGCUUACACGGAACUCAACCAAACAAUUUUCAAAAUCAUAUGUGAAGAUUUAAUUCAUUUAGAAACCAUAAAUAUCUCUGGAACUCAAGUAACAGAUUUGAGACCUCUGAUAUUACUUUCCUCAAAACUCAAAAGUCUCUCGAUAUGUGACUUAUUUUCAGCAGAACAUAUUGCAAGUACUUUAGAACAACUCCAACUGCUAAGAUACCUUGAUAUUAGUUUUUUCAAUGAUAAAAUAGAGGGUCAGAUAUAUGCUCAUUCUGGGAAGCCCAUCGUGACUCUAUUAGGAGAUUCUCAAAUUUUGACAGAACUUGAGUCUUUAGAUGUCUCAGGAUGGAGAGAAUUUAUAACAAGUUAUCAACUUAUUAAAUUUAUUGAAGCUCAUCCCAGACUCAAAUAUUUGGGGAGUGUUCUUUGUUCUGCCAAUUAUGAUUCCAUCUUUUCGGAUACUAACAAGAUCGAUUUUCCUUACAAUUUAGUGAUUGCUGGUUUGGGAAAUGAGGAACAAAUAAAAGUAGCACUGAAGAAAUAUCAAGAUAGGUCAAAUUAUGUUCAGAAAGCAUUAUACCAUUUAUUUCAACUAACAAGUACUUUUCAAGAAGCCAGACCUGAUGUGUUCAAUUUAGUUCUACCUGUUAUGGAAGCACACAGUACAGUUUUCGGUGUUCAAAUGGCAGCUACAGCUUGUUUGUACAAUUUGACUAGAGGUGAACUAUCAAAAAACAUACAUCCUCGAACUCUGAGUAAAGGUGUACAUUUAACACUUUAUGCAAUGGAAUAUUUUCCGGAAGAAUUUCAAUUACAGAAAAAUUCUUUAUUAACUUUAUGUAGUGAUAGAAUUUUGCAGGAUGUUCAUUUUGAUAAAUUCAGAUGUGCAAAGUUGGUACUGGAUGCUCUUUGUCGUUUUGAAGAUAUCAACAUGGAUCGCAUGGCAGUGGCAAUAUGCAGUAUUUUAGCAGCUAAGGUUUCAACAGAAGAAACCUCUGUAUUGGGUGCGAGACCUGAGUAUAUGGGAAAACUUCUUUCAAUGGUGAAAACCCGAGUGGACACCAAAGCAGCUGAUAUAACUUUGAAAUUCACUCUAAGUGCUCUCUGGAAUUUAACUGAUGAAAGUGCAGCUACUUGUAAAGUAUUUCUAGAACAGAAGGGUGCCUAUUUAUUUCUGAAUGUUCUGCAGGUUUUCAAAGAAAAUUCGGCCAUAGAAACUAAAGUUUUAGGUCUCUUGAACAAUAUUGCAGAGGUAGCAGCACUUCGGGAAAGUUUGAUGAUGGAUUCUCUGAUGGAUGAACUCUACAUUUUAUUGAAAUCUGAAAAUAUCGAUGUCAGUUACUUUGCAGCAGGAAUCGUUGCUCAUUUAGCUUCUGGAGGAGAUAAACAAUGGACUUUAACAAGUCAUACAAGAGAUGAGAUGUUGGAAGGAUUAAAAGAUGCAGUAUCGCAAUGGAAGGUUCCUGAUAGCGAAAUGGUUGCUUAUAGGAGUUUUAAACCAUUUUUUUCACUUCUUAGGACUGAUACUGAUUAUCAGGUGCAGAUGUGGGCUGUUUGGGCUAUUCAUCAUGUGUGUACCAAAAAUCCAAAGAGGUACUGCAGAAUGCUUGACGAUGAAAAGGGACAUGUCAUCCUGAAAGAUCUCAUACUCCACAAAUUUUCACAUCCAGAAAUAAAAAAAAUGUGUUCUCUCAUAUUGGAAACACUUGAUGUAAAUGUAUAAAAAGUCAUUAUAUUUUAGAAAAAAACCAUUUGCCAAUAUGACUCUAUUGUGAUCGGUAUUUGAUAGGAUUUUUGAAUAUUUUAUUUUAAUAUGAUUUAUUUUUAAUGCAGCUUUAAAUACUUUUUAUCAAAUCUGAAUAUAUGAAUUAUAUUGUGUAAUAGAGUUUUGUUAUGUUUUAGAAUAUUUAUUCUUGUGAACUUUGUAAAUCAACUAUAUGUACAGAAAAUGUUUGUUAGAUUAUUGUAAAUAAAUCAGGUCAUUUAUAUACUAGUCAGAAUAAAUUGUUGAAAAAACACAAA